AUGAUCCUGUCACUGAUUCUCCAGCUGUUGACUCUCUGUGAGCUGUCCCUCCCCUGCCCUGUGUGUCAGAUGGACUUCACACCAACAGCCUCCCCAGCCUUAUACCCCCAGCCAUUGCUGGGGGCUCAUCCUGCUGCAGUUGUGACUCCUGGAGUCAACGUGACCUUGAGGUGCCGUGCACCCCAACCUGCCUGGCGGUUUGCACUCUUCAGAACAGGUGUCGUUACACCGCUGCUCUUCCGGGAUGUGUCCACGGAGCUGGCUGAGUUUUUCCUGGAGGAGGUGACCCUGACCCAGGGGGGCAGUUAUUAUUGCCGCUAUCGCAGGACAGACUGGGGACCGGGUGUCUGGUCCCGAUCAAGUAAUGUCCUGGAACUGCUGGUGACAGAUCAGUUACCCAGACCUUCACUCGUGGCAAUGCCUGGGCCUGUGGUGGCUCCAGGAGCCAAUGUAAGCCUGCGCUGUGCAGGCCGCAUGCCAGGAAUGAGUUUCGCGCUGUACCGCGUGGGUGUGGCGACCCCUCUGCAGUACAUUGACUCUGUGCAGCCCUGGGCUGACUUCCUUCUGAUCGGCGCUGAUGCCCCAGGCACCUACAGUUGCUAUUACCACACGCCCUCUGCCCCUUAUGUGCUGUCGCAGCGCAGCCAGCCACUGGUCAUCAGCUUCGAAGGUUCUGGCUCUUCAGAUUAUACUCAGGGAAACCUCAUUCGUUUAGGGCUGUCUGGCCUGGUCCUCAUCUGCCUGGGCAUCUUAGUUACUUUUGACCGGCAUAGCAGGAGCUCUGCUUUUGGUGGCCUACUGCCCCAGCAAAACCGGGUAUAG